AUGGCGGCCUUUAGCAGCGCGCGAUCUCCGAGACUCGUCUUUUUGAGCGCCGGCGUGGCUUUUGCGCUGCUUGUGCUGGUGUACUAUGUCACCUCCUCCGGCGUAUGGCAGGCGACCACCACAUCAUAUCGAGGAUCCGUCGCGACGACAAGCUCCCUUCCUCUUUCCUCUCCGAACCCCUCUCUCCCACCCCCCGAUCCCUCCGAAGGCGAGCGGAUCCUCCUGGCCAAACAAUACUUGAAGCAUAUUGCUCGCCCAUCCAUCCCCGUCGCUCAACCCCGAGUCACCCUCUUCGGCGCGCAAACAUGGGAAUUGCCUCCACUUUGGGAGCCGCAAUGGAAGGCGGGACAACGAGAUGGCUUGUGUAUCAUGGAUUUGGACAAUCGACUGUUCAAUGAAAGUGGGCAGAUUUGGGGCAAGAAACCCAUGUCAUGGGAUCGGCCGGAGCAAGUGCAUGGUUUGUCGUUGGGGAUUUUGAAUCACUGGUUGUAUGCGAAGAUUCAUGGAUACAAAUACUACUACGUCGAUAUUGACGAGUUCACCGACCGACGGGCUUCUUGGAAGAAGCCGGUCAUCAUGCCGGAAUUGCUCAAGCGGCAUGAAACGUGCAUCUUCAUCGACUCGGACGCCGUCUUCACCCACCUCACAAUCCCCUUUGAGUGGCUGAUGAAUUACUGGUCGAUUGAUCCUGAGAAGCAUUCCCUCACUCUCGCUAUCGAUCCUGAUCUUCCAUGGAACAAGGACAAGUUUAAUAAGACGUACGUCAAUACUGGAUUUAUCGUCGCGCAAAACAAUGAGCGAACGUUUGAAAUCAUGGACGAGUGGAGGGUUUGUCCGGAUGACGGCGGCAGACAUCCCAAUUGCACGGACUUCAAGACUGCGGACCCGGGACAUGUGACGGAUCAGGGUGGGUUUGGGACGUAUAUCCGGUAUGACUACAAGGAGAAUGUCAAGGAAUUGUCGUGUGAUGAUGCGAAUGGGUUUCCAGAGAGUGAGACGGAAUGUAAGGGGACCUUUCUUCGACAUUUGUGGACGGGCAAGGAUACGUGGAUUAAGCGGACGGUGGGAGAGCAGAUUCCGGGAGAUUUGUUGCAAGCAUUUCAUGAAUGGUUUUUGAGGGAGAGGGAGGAGUUUUGGAUUACUGAGAAGGAGUUGAUGGAGAGUGCGUGA